AUGGCUAGUCACGGCAUAGCCCGCACUGCGCGGUCCCGAACAGAAGAGCAGCGCCAGCAGGAUUCGGUGAAGAUCCAGAAGUACCGUGACCUUGAGGACGAUAUACGCAAGAAGAUCUCGGACAAUAACUACGGCCCCGAGACGUUCCAGCUUACCUCGAAGCUCCUGCGCCUUAAUCCCGAGUACUAUACGAUAUGGAACGCCCGCAGGCGCUGUCUAAUAUAUGGCUUAUUAUCCAAACCAUCGGCUGGAUCGCCGCCCUCGAAGGUGUCGCAGAGUUCCUCAGCGACCGACACUCACACAGCCUCUUCCGCCGCUUCAUUGCCCUCAUCCUCGACCGAGACCCCGCCACCCCCCAACCCCCCGACAGCUGGGAAGACUGGUACAACGACUGAUGGCGACGCUGACGCCGAAGUGAUACGCGCCGAGCUGGGAUUUACCGUGCCUUUGUUGCUGGAGUUUCCAAAGUGUUACUGGAUAUGGAAUUAUCGACUAUGGACCCUUGAUCGCGCGAUCGAAAGACUACAUAUAUCUCUAGCUUAUCGUAUUUGGCAGGAGGAGCUAGGCCUCGUCAGUAAAAUGCUAGUCAAGGAUCGGCGCAACUUUCACGCCUGGGGUUACCGUCGACACGUUGUGGCACAACUUGAGAGCCCUGUAUUAAACGGCCAAAGCUUGGUCGAGCCUGAGUUUGAAUAUACGACAACGAAGAUCCGGGACGAUCUCUCCAACUUCUCGGCGUGGCAUAACCGCAGCCAGCUCAUACCGAGACUUCUCAAUGAGCGCGAGGCAGAUGACGAAAACCGAAAAGCUUUCCUGGACAACGAACUCGAGCUUAUUCGCGGUGGGCUGAAUGUUGGACCCGAAGAUCAAUCUUUGUGGUAUUAUCAUCAGUUCCUGGUGCUGAAUCUGGCUGAUCCUACUUCGAGUCGCCAAAUAGCUCCGAACCUGACAGCGGAAGAGCGCAAAGCAUACAUUGAUCGUGAAGUAAUUGACAUCAAAGACUUACUUGAAGAUUAUCGUGAUAUCAAGUGGAUCUACGAGGCUCUUGUUGAGUAUGUAAUUGCACUGAGCCAACUUAUUGGGCAGCCCUUCGAGCCAGAGACUCAAACCGAUGUAGCAUCUUGGCUGGAGAACCUUAGAAAGUUGGAUCCCAAGCGGAAUGGACGAUGGGGUGAUUUGGAGAAGGAGUUGAGCUCACUGCGGUCAUAA